AAUAGAAACAUCCGGGUUAAUGUUGGCAAAAUAUGAUAUGUAAAUUAAAGCGGUAAUCAUUUGCAAAUUUCCAUAAUUAUACUUGCAUUAUACAUCGGAGAUGGAAACACAGCUUGUUGAAGCAACGGAAGAUGUAACCGUUGAUAGUGACGAAAAAUGUAAGGAAAUUGGCGAUGAAAAUGAAACGCCUACUUUCGAUUUCACCGAAAAAACAUGGAAAGACGAUUUUGUUCUUAUUGUUGAAAAUAAACGAUUACAUGUUGCAAAAGCUAUAUUAGCGUACGCAUCUCCUGUGUUCGAUACGAUGUUUCAAGCAGAAUUUAAGGAGAAAGGCGCAUCUGAGCUUGAACUUCCUGGUAAAAAAGUUGAAGAUUUACAGCAAUUUCUGCGAUGCAUUUAUCCACUUCAGGCCGAAAUUAGUUUUGAAAACGUUAAUGCCGUACUUCCUUUAGCUGACGAAUACCAGGUAUCGAAUCUUAAGUCGAAGUGCGAGGCGUUUCUACUAAGGCAAGUCAAUGGAACCAUAUCAUCUGAUGAACUUUACAGAGUAUUAGAGCAGGCUAGCCUUUACAAUAUGACAUCUCUAUUGCAAAACUGCGUUGAUGUUGCAUCAGGUAGGAAAGUAGAAUCAUUCCACAGAGCAGAAAAAAUCCUGAAAAUCAAACCGGAAGUGAAAUGUAUGAUCCUUGAUAGAAUGGUUUCUCGUCUUCAACCAAAGAAUUUUCUUGAAGUUUUGAAAAGAUACUAUGAAUCUUACCUUGAACCAAAAUAUAUACCUGAAAUUAAAGAUUAUAAGGAUUGGGAUGGAAACUUGCUGAAGAUAACGUUUUAUAUCAAUAAAUGGAAGUCAUUCAAAGUAUGCAUGCAUGGUAUUGAAGCUAAUUGUGUCAUGUGUAUUGUAGACACGAGCUUUGAAUCCAGCAUCUUCAAGGUAAAACGCAGUACUACAGGAGCUGAAGUUCAAAAGAUCAAAAUGUUCGGAAGAAUCGUCAUAAAACCUAUCAGCGGGGAGCACAGUGAAAAGAAAAGCCAAAUUAACUUCGAAUACAGCAGUGAACAAACGGACAUAGAGGUUAAAAUACCAACUUUACGAUGCUCGGGCGGAAUCGUCGCGAAUUUCCCAAGAAGUGGUUACGUCUACCAUGGUAAACUAGAUGUUGAAUUACUACUGUUGGCGAAGAAACUCGAUUUAACUGAAAUUAGUAAUUGAAGUGAUCAUAUUUACUUGGGCAUGACAACAUUUUGUCAUUCACUAGACACAGCAUAGUGUAAAUCUCAUAGACUUUUAUAUCAUAGAGCGGAUCAGAAAUGUGUAUUAUAUCAUUUUCAUUUGCUUAACAUAAAACAUUUUAUGACAAACAUUCAUUUUAGACUCAUUGUAAAAUAAGGACUUUAUAGGUAUAAAGAAAAGCAAACGUUUCUAUAAUGAUAUAGUUACUGGUUAGGAAUAUUUUCCUAUUUGGUCGAAAUAUGAUGUUUUGAUACUUAAUCAGUACAGAAAUUUUUCUUCAUAAUAUCAACAUGUUACUGAAUGAGGCAAUGGGACAUUAAUUAAGUUUAUAAUAGUUUUGUUUUAUUUUAUUCUGAUAGCAUUACUAUAACUUUAUGCAUAUCAUUAUACGGUUAGUAUAGUGUCAAUAAAGAGUUUCUUUAUUACGUCA